GGGAGGCAAAGGACAGAUCACAGAACAAACAAAUCAAGGAUGAUAGAUUAGGAUUUAGGGCUCAUUACAUUCCACUGUUUGGUGCUGUAGGAAAAAACAAAAUGGAAGGAGGAGGUGGCGCUCAGCCUGGUGACACAGUCAUGUCGGAGGCAACGCAGCCUGAUCCCCGGCAACAGCAGCAGCCAACGGCUGUGGGGAUUGAGAAUAUCCCUGCUACUCUUAGUCAUGGUGGCAGGUUCAUCCAAUACAAUAUCUUCGGCAAUAUAUUCGAAGUCACAGCUAAAUACAAGCCCCCCAUCAUGCCCAUCGGUAAAGGCGCUUACGGUAUCGUCUGUUCGGCUCUCAAUUCCGAGACCAACGAGCAUGUAGCCAUCAAGAAAAUUGCCAAUGCAUUUGACAACAAAAUUGAUGCCAAGAGGACCCUCCGCGAAAUCAAGCUGCUCCGACACAUGGAUCAUGAAAACGUUGUUGCAAUCAGGGAUAUAAUACCACCACCACAGAGGGAAGCCUUUAAUGAUGUUUACAUUGCAUAUGAGCUAAUGGACACUGACCUUCACCAAAUUAUUCGGUCAAAUCAAGCAUUAUCAGAGGAGCAUUGUCAGUAUUUCCUGUAUCAAAUCCUACGUGGGCUGAAGUACAUUCAUUCGGCAAAUGUUCUGCAUAGGGACCUAAAGCCUAGCAAUCUUCUCCUGAAUGCCAACUGUGACUUAAAAAUUUGUGAUUUUGGACUGGCUCGUGUUACCUCUGAAACUGACUUUAUGACUGAAUAUGUUGUUACAAGAUGGUAUCGUGCACCAGAGCUUUUGUUAAACUCUUCUGAUUACACUGCAGCUAUUGAUGUAUGGUCUGUUGGGUGUAUAUUCAUGGAACUGAUGGAUCGAAAGCCAUUGUUUCCUGGCCGAGAUCAUGUGCAUCAGUUACGUCUACUUAUGGAGCUGAUUGGCACCCCAUCAGAAGCUGAUUUGGGCUUUCUGAAUGAAAAUGCUAAGAGAUACAUUAGGCAACUACCACUUUACCAUCGCCAGUCUUUCCAAGAAAAGUUUCCACAUGUCCAUCCUGCAGCUAUUGAUCUUGUUGAAAAAAUGUUAACAUUUGAUCCUAGACAAAGGAUUACUGUUGAAGAUGCACUGGCACAUCCCUACUUGACAUCUUUGCACGACAUCAGUGAUGAACCUGUGUGCAUGACUCCCUUUAGCUUCGACUUUGAGCAACAUGCUCUGACCGAGGAACAGAUGAAGGAGUUGAUAUAUCGAGAGGCACUUGCAUUUAACCCCGAGUAUCAGCAUCACUGAAAGUAAUGUUGCCAUUGGGUUUGGACAUUGGAUACUGUGAUGUUUGUGUCCAUAGAUUCCGUGAUUUAUUUGUGUGUGUGUGUAUAUAUGUUUUUCAAUCAUCUGAUGCCCGAUGGCCUUGGAGUUGAAUUAUUUCGAUCACAGGCGGAUUUGGGAGACAGAUUGGAACUGUCAUAAGGCGUUCUAUCUGCUUAUUUGCUUCAUAUUGUUGUCCAAUUCACAUUGGUUUGAGCCUUCUUAUUUUGCUUCUUCACUUCUAA